CCUUCAUGUCUUUGGCCGAGGGCCGCGCGGACCGAGGAGGGGUCCAGACCACCAAGCAUCUCCACUUCUUCUCCGUCUGUGGAGCAAUUAGGAUGGAGGGGCGCAUGGACGCAUAGCCCUGGCUGCACUUUCUCCACUAUCUCCACAUCUCCUCUAUUGUCUGCGCAUCGCAGGGAUCACGCGUGGGGCUGCUUGAUCCGUAUCGAAUCUCUACCAUCACCUGUUUUUUAAUCGACUAAUCAUCUCUAAGACUUCCGACUCCUGAGUUGUUUUUCUGUAAUCCUGGUUUGACGUUUGACCCCGCGUGGUUCCCAUGUUGCCAGCUCGCGACUGAAAAAGUCAAAUUAUUUUUUGCACAUUCAUUUUUUCGUCGCGUGAAAGUAAAAUUCCAUCUCUUUAACAUCUGACUCUUCUGUUGCUGGUGGAAUAUGAGUUAAUUUGGAGUUGAGGCUCCGCUCACGAGCACUUCCAAGUUAUUUUUCUUCCCUGCAGAAUUUUUGAGACUCCAAACUCUCUGUCAAGUUUCUUCAGGAGGAGGGAUCGUUCACACCACACAUUCAAGAUGAUGCUCAGCCCGGACCAAGCCGACUCGGACCUCUCCUGGACUCAGUCCGACCCGGAGACGCUCCUAAACGGCCUCAAGUCAGCCGGCUGCGUCUCGGACGAGCCCACGGAGGGCGAGGAGCGGGCCAAAUGCAAAUCCGACCAGCCCCUGAGCCGGGAGGAGAAGAGGAGGAGGAGGAGGGCCACGGCCAAGUACCGCUCGGCCCACGCCACCAGAGAGAGGAUCCGGGUGGAGGCGUUCAACGUGGCCUUCGCGGAGCUGAGGAAAUUACUGCCCACCUUGCCCCCGGACAAGAAACUCUCCAAGAUAGAGAUCCUCAGACUGGCUAUAUGCUACAUCUCCUAUCUGAAUCACGUGUUGGAUGUCUAAAAAGUGUCCCCCCCCCCAAUGCACGAUGAGACAGAGACGGUUGGGUUGGUUAAUUGGACUUGUGUGGAUGCUGGGGCGUCAAUUAGGUAUGGCAAGGUUGGGGUUUGAUGAUCAUGGGAAACACAAUUUUUUUUGCUGCCUUUCAAAGACAAUGAUUUUAAAAAGUCAGAAACUUAAAAUUCGAUCAAAAAAUUAAUGAUUUUUUUCCCCUAAAUGCGCCUGCUUUUUUCUGCUGCAACGGGCCUAUAAUACAAAAUAAAUCCAUUUGAAUUUUCUUUAAAUGGAGGCCAGAAAAUCUAGAUUUGUGUCUCUGAAGCCACACUAGGUGUUGAACCUCCUGUAUGGUCUAAACAAUUCCAGUAUCGGCUCCUGCAAGCUGAUAUCGGUCGGUAACACCUGCAACACAUCAAGGAAAUUUUGACUACAUUUUACCACACAAAAACUAAAAAAAACUACAUGAAAUUGUUAAAACAGCCUCCAAGAAUACACCUAUAAUUAAAGCAAUUCAACCCCUAUCACAGUCCAGAAUUCAGGACUUUGCCAUACCUUGCAGCUGACUGAGUCUGACCCCCCUAAAGUGCUUGUUAAGUGUUGGUUUUUCAUGGCAGUGAAGUUUUAACUUUACAAGGAAGUGUCAGCUUUCAGUCCAGACCGCUCACUGAACAAAAAGCAACGAGCUUCAAACCGAGUCGUUUGAGCUGUUAGAUGCAAUAAUGAGAAUAAUGAUUAUUUUCCGAUACACAGUGAGGGAGAGCCCGGGAUGCGUUCACGUCCGGACGAAACGUCGAAAUUCGGAGAAUCUUCACCCUUACAUGUGACUUUUAAUGUCAUAACGCCUAAAAAUGAACUCCUCCGCUCACUGUAUCAAUUUGAUGUCUGAUAAUAAAAACACUGGGGCAUUUUUCAGAUGGAAGGAUGUAAACGAGAUAGCUGCUUUAGAUCUAGUUCUAGACAAUGUUUUCCGUGAAGGAAGAAAAAAAAAAAAGAUUCAAUGCGUAAGUGCCA